AUGAUGGAGACGAACCUUCAUAGGGCUCGUAUUAUUUCGAGCAUUGCCGCGACAGCGAUCUCGCUAGCAUGCGGCACCAACUAUGUCUACAGCGCGUGGGCGCCGCAAUUCGCUGACAAGCUGCGCCUUUCUACGACGCAGAGCGAGCUCAUUGGCGUGGCUGGUAACCUGGGCAUGUACACGAUGGGCGUCCCGAUCGGUUGGGUCAUCGACCGUAAUGGUUCACGACCAGCCGUAAUGCUAGGUUCGGCGUUGCUUGGUAUCGGCUACUUUGGCCUCAAAUUCGCUUUUGAUCAGGGUGAUGGAUAUGUGCCUUUAUUGUUCAUUCUCAGCUACCUAACGGGUUUUGGUGGCUGCAUGGCGUUUGCUGCUUCCGUGAAGACAUCGGCCCUCAACUGGCCUCACCAUCGCGGUACAGCUACUGCGUUUCCACUUGCUGCCUUUGGUCUAAGCGCCUUCUUCUUCUCAAUGUUUGGAGAGAUUGCAUUCCCAGGCGACACAAGCGCCUUCCUGCUGGUCCUAGCGGUGGGGACCAUCGGCCUGACCUUUGUGGGAUUCUUCUUCCUAAGGGUGUGGCCACAUCCGCACGCGGAGCACCAUCGCUACAACCAUGCGGGGGAUAGCCUCGGGGAAUCUGGUAUUCCGUAUGAAAGUGUCCCCGGUGUGUUCUUAACCGAAUCUACGGAGCUGAGGCGAACGAUCUCUGCUCCUUCUCGCGAUCAUUUUGUUGCCAAAACUUCUAGUGCCAAUACUGAUGAAGAAAUAGGCUCAAACAGUGGCGAACAGAACCACACAGUGGUCGCAGAUGGAGAAGGCGACAUUGAGGAUAACGUGGCAACGCAUCCAAAGAAUUUGGACACGCACAGCCCGCGACGAGGCGAUGAGGAAGCCGCCAAUGAGACUUCGUCUCUGAUGUCCCGCUCAUCCACAGCUUCGUCAUUGCCCGGAGAGGUGCUUGUUCAGAGCAUAGACCUCGAUCGCUCCCAUCGAGUCGAUAUUCGUGGUUGGACCUUGCUAAAGAACACCGAGUUCUGGCAACUUUUCUCAAUCAUGGGUAUACUGGCUGGUAUUGGACUCAUGACAAUCAACAAUAUUGGACACAAUACAAAUGCUCUGUGGAAGCACUACGACGAGUCCGUGAGCGAGGAGUUUCUGAUUGGCAAGCAGCAGAUGCACGUAUCAAUCCUUUCUGUCGGUAGCUUCUCAGGAAGGUUAUUGAGCGGGGCCGGAUCUGACUUUCUCGUCAAGAACCUAAAAGCCAGCAGGGUUUGGUGUCUGGUUAUCUCAGCCAUUGUCUUUUGCGCAGCUCAGAUAUGUGCUUUGACCAUCACAAACCCCCACUUCCUGUUAUUCAUAUCAUCGCUCUCAGGGCUGGGGUACGGCUACGCCUUUGGGGUAUUCCCUUCGAUAGUAGCCGAGUCGUUUGGGAUCCACGGUCUGUCGCAGAAUUGGGGUUUCAUGACUUUUAGCCCGGUCCUGUCCGGAUGGAUAUUCAACUUUUUCUACGGCCAAGCGUUCGACGCACAUAGCGUCGUCGGUCCAGGAGGCGAGAGGACUUGCCUGGAGGGAAUCGAAUGCUACCGUCCUGCAUACUUUUUCACACUUGGGGCUUGUGGGCUGGGUCUACUGGUUUCCCUGUAUGUGAUCAGGCACCAGAGUCAGCAGAAACUGCGAGAGGCGGCACGUGGGGCAGGAGUCGAGUAG